CGAAUGAGGAUUUAGAUGUUAUGUAGGGAAUUUAUGUGUUAAUAGUAUAACCACAUCUUCGAUUAUAUAGAUCGACCAAACCGCCGUUAUCGGAUAAGAAAUAAAAUUAGGGACGACUUUAUCUUGAAGGGGAGCCUUGCUUAGUUUCGGACUUCGAACAAAAAUGUCAUCUCAAACGACAAAUCCAAAGCCGUUACCAGGAUGGUCAAUGCCUUUAGCUGGUGCUGUUGGUGGUGUCGUUGAGAUACUGACUAUGUACCCUACUGAUAUCGCAAAGACACGCAUGCAACUUGAAGCAGGAAAGAGUCAAGGCAUGGUUAAAAUACUCUCAGACAUUGCAAGAAAAGAAGGUUUCGCUAGAUUGUAUAGAGGUUUAGCCGCACCACUUACUAUGGAAGCACCAAAAAGAGCUGUAAAGUUUGCUGCGAAUGAUUAUUGGGGAAAGACCUAUAAAUAUAUGGCCGGAACCACAGAAAUGACACAAGCCUUGUCUUUAGCUACUGGAUGUACCGCUGGUGCAACAGAGUCAUUCGUUGUGACACCGUUUGAAUUGAUUAAGAUUAGGUUGCAAGACAAAACAAGUACAUUUAAGGGUCCAUUAGACGUUAUCAAGCGUACGAUACAAAGUGAUGGUCUUCUUGGCAUGUACGCCGGAAUGGAGGCUACCUUCUGGAGACACUUCUGGUGGAAUGGCGGAUAUUUCGGUGUUAUUUUCCAAAUACGCUCGCAUCUUCCUAAAACCGAGACCAACUCAGGGAAGCUUUUGAACAAUUUCACAGCUGGAACUAUUGGCGGAUUAUGUGGUACCGUAUUGAACACACCAUUCGAUGUCGUAAAAAGUCGUAUACAAGGUACGGUUAAGGUACCAGGCGUUGUACCAAAAUACAACUGGACAUAUCCAUCUUUGAUAUUAGUAGCAAGGGAGGAAGGCAUAAAAUCUUUGUUCAAGGGAUUUAUACCAAAAGCUACGAGAUUAGGACCAGGUGGUGGUAUUUUGCUCUUAGUUGUCGAUUUCACAAUUAAUCAAAUGCGUAAAAUAAUGGGUCCUCCAUAUGUUUAGAUGAUAGCAAGGCAUUUAGAUGAUCAAAAAGAAUUUCAUUUCAUCAUUUGUAGAUUUCUGUUAUAAAUUUAAUGUUUGUAGUGGUUUUUAAUAGAAGUUUGGUAUACAUGUACUUUA